ACUUUCGGUUUCAUAAGUAACUCUCAUAGAUUAUUUGUGGAAGUGUACAGUUCACUUGUUUGUACGACGAAGUUUAUGUUUUGUGAGAAUGUUCAUAGUAAUUGUACUUCUAGUUGCAGUUUUGUGGCAGACAUGCUUUGCAGAAACAUUUUGUUCGGCAGAAGAUGGGUGCGACUGUGGUAUCGCUGGAACUUGGAGAAAUCAGUUAGGUUCUAAUGUGACCUUCACCUGCAAGGACGGUCAGCUUGAUGGCAAAUACAACUCAGCUGUAGGCCACGCUGAGGACUACUAUCUCUUGUCCGGAAGAUACACACUUUCGGGUCCGAAAAACGACGUGGUAGAACUUGGCUGGGUUGUCUCCUGGAAUAACAAGAAAUUUGGAAACUCCCAUUCAGCGACAGCAUGGUCGGGAAUUUAUUAUCCGGAAGACGGAAUUAUCCGAACACAGUGGAUUUUGACCAGAUUUAAAGAACGCAAGGAUAAUUGGGAAACGUCUUUUGUGAAUCAUGACGAGUUUAAGCGUAUAAGAUAAAUUAUAUAAAUUAUAUUAAUGAUAAAUGGUAAUGUUAAACUAUGGAAAAGUCAACACAGAAGGAUUCUCAAUCGCGGAAAAGCAUGUUAUAUUGCAAUUUUGCAGCGUGAAUUUGCAUCUUUAUAUUGUGUUCUCACAUGAUUUAUCACUGUUAAGCGUAUCCGCCUUCGUCGUCUUCUUAAUUAAUAUGAUAAAAUGCCUCAAAACGGAAUUCUGUACUUACUAGUAAUCAAUUAUAUACGCCUUAUGAUCGGGAAAGGGUUUUCAACAAUUUCAUAAAAAGUAACAGCUUAAAGGCCUUUUUAUUAUUUAUGUUUUAACAAUUCGGUUUUAUUGGCAAUCAAAUGGAUAAAUAAAUCCUUAACUGUAUCUCUAUGCUCUGUAUUUGCUAUAUUACAAUACAAACUUUGCUUUCAAGUGACAUGUAUUGUUUAUAAUUUAAGUAUGAAAGUAAAAUAUUUGUAACACAGUUAUAAAAGUACUUUAAGUACUUGUACAUAAAACGUUUAUAAUAACGAAACAACUUUACACAAAUAAUAGUAUUAUACUCUUAUCAUUUUGGGCAUCUGGCCAAAUACCGGGAGUCGUUAUACGUAUUUAACGGAAAGGGACGAAAAGUUGCAGUUGAUUUUUUACAUGCGAAAGAGAUAUUCUUUCAUCGUCUUUUAAGAGUGUAUGAUUUUCAUUUUUCAUUUGCCUUCCAAGAAAUAAGAAGUCAAGCCACUUAAUAGAUAAUGACAAUAAAGAAGAAAGAAAUCACC